GACAGGCGGCGGCUACUCAACACACGCUGGUGCUGCUGCGAAUCCCGGUGUGGCACCAUGUCCACACCAGUGGAAAGUGUGUGCUGCAAGGAGCAGUGCAAGGUCAAAGAGAAGGCUGGGAGCCUUCCCUGCAUCACGGCACACAGGCUCUUCGAGCUGUACUGCCUGGACAGGGAUAUCCUGGACCUAGAGUACAGGAAGCUGAGAGUCUGCCGGCCUCUCAGCACAAGAAACAUAAAGGAGAUAAAUGCUAAGUACAGGUACACGGCAUACUGCCAAUUUGUUUGGUGGAUACACGGAAGGCUCGGAAAGGAGAACCGGGUCACCUUGCCCAGCUGCGUGGUGACCAGGGUCCGCAAAGAGUUCCCCGCCCCGAACCCUGCAGACUACACGGGCUUCAAGCAGUCAAAGUGCUGAGUCUCCGUGCUGGCACCUUGGAUACAGGGGGUCGGCAUGUUCGUGCAAGUCAGCCACGUGUCCCACCAGGGAAGUCCACUUAGGAAGGAUCUCCU